UUGAGAUUAUCACUACCCCGAGCGAACACUCAUACGACCAACUCUGUACCAAUGUGAAGUCAAAACAGUUGAAAGUCUAAAGAAACGAGAUUGGUCGGGGGUUCACCAAAGUAGUUGGAAAACGGUGAGAGCUUUCGGGAUCUCGCGGUUCGUAUAGCGCUGCACCAAACGCUGGAGACUUGGUUCGUACUCGCCCAACACUGUUUCUAGAAUUCCCAUCGUAUGAUCGGACGCCAUUUUUGCACUUCCAAGACUGUAUUCAUUCUUCUUCAACACUACGUUCAGAAUUCAUUUUCAAAUUCUUAUUUCUUGUAAGAAUAUAAUAGUGGCGUAGGAGAGAUAAAUCGUAUCAGAUUCUUCGGCCAUGGCAGAAGAUGAAGCUCCUCUCGUAAUGUCGCCGCCAUCACCGAUCAUUACUUCCGCUGAAAUCGAUCUUGAAGCUGGUCCUUCUGAACAAAUUCAAUGCCGAAUUUGUCUCGAAUCUGACGGUCGGGAUUUUAUUGCUCCUUGCAAGUGCAAGGGUACAUCAAAAUAUGUUCACAGAGAAUGCUUGGAUCAAUGGCGUGCUGUGAGGGAGGGUUUCGCUUUUGCCCAUUGCACUACUUGCAAGGCCCCUUAUUAUUUGAGGGUCCAUGCUCUUGCAGACCGAAAAUGGCGGACUUUGAAGUUUCGGUUUUUCGUUACAAGAGAUAUCUUGUUUAUAUUUCUAGUUGUUCAGCUUAUUAUUGCCUCACUUGCAUAUUUAGUCUAUAUGGUUGAUGGCUAUCAAGGGUUCUGGAUUCAGCAUUCAUGGGGUUUCGAUAAUCACAUCAGUUUCUACUAUAUAUGCGGUGCACUUUUAUUUUUUGCUUUGCUCGGUUUAUCCGGUUGUUUCAUAACUUGUUAUGACAGAAGGGUGCGGAAUGAUUUGGCUCAACCUUGUCGAGAACUUUGUCUUUGUUGCUGCCAUCCUGGGCUAUGUGCAGACUGCCACGUACCUGGUACUAUUUGUAUGUGGACGGACUGUACUACAUGUGCCAGUACAGCUGGUGAAUGUGGGAGCUGCUUGGGAGGUGCUGGAGAAGCCGGGUUGCCAUUAAUGUUUAUAAUGGCUUUAAUUGUACUUGGAUUGUUUACAGUGAUUGGAAUUUUUUACAGUGUACUGGUGGCCACUAUGGUUGGGCAACGAAUUUGGCAACGCCACUAUCAUAUUCUUGCUAAAAGGAUGCUAACAAAGGAAUACGUAGUUGAGGAUGUAGAUGGUGAGAUGUCGGGAUCUGAAUGGACUCCCCCGCCUCUCCCAACAGAGCAUGUAGCACAGCUUAAAUCUUUGGGGCUUCUGUAAUUUAAUUUGCCGAACGCGCAGGUGCCAAAGCAUAGCGGUGCUCUUUGGGAAAAGCUUGACAUGUAACUUUGUUGGAUCCUAAGGUAAAUGAUCAAAUGGUCUGUCGUGGAAUCAAAUUCGGGUGAUGGUCUUCACCUGCUUUAUUUUUGUACAGGUACAAAAUCUGAUUACAUUCAUAUACCGAUUUAUAGUUUGUCAAUUGGCAUCAUUACUUAGCGCGCUUUAAUGUGCCGUAUCAUAUGUUUCCUUAUUGAGUCUCUAAAUUGUAUUCACAUAUUAGAGUUGCUCGUCUUGAGCUUUAAUGCCUUCUUUUCUAUCUUGUACUUUUAUUUACCGUGAUAAGUUGACGUUUAACAUCAUCCAAACAUUUGAAAAAAUAAGCUUAUUUUCAAAAACAAUUCCUAUUUCGUGAAAUUUUAAAUUUUAAAAUAAACGUUUUCAUGCCAAAGCUGAGGUUAGGUACUUUUUUGCUAUUACUAACAGCGAAUAAAUAAACUGGUCAAAAAAAAAUCAACUCCCUUUAUUCGCUAAUAUUAACAGCGAAUAAAAGGAAGAUAAUGUCAUAACGUUUGAAAGGAAAAAAAAGUUAAAUAUCAUGAUGUUGUCUUUCUUUUGUUCGUUGUUCAUUUUUUUCGCUGUUAGUAACAAUGAACAAAGUUAGUAAUUUUUUUCCCUGACCUUAAGUUCGGAUACGGCGAUUUUUAUUUUGAGCAUUAAAAGUUUUUGAAACUUAUUUUGGAAAUUAUUUUUUAAAAAAAUGAUUUUAUUUAAUUUUUCCAACAUCCAUAGUCAUUAAAUGUGCAAAGUUCUAUUUUUAUUAACCAAAUCUCGAAUCGGACCAUUCUAAAAUUGGAACGUAUUACUAAUAUCUAAUUAUUUUUAAAGCUUAUAUGAUCACUUUUUUGUAUAGCUUAUGUAAUAACUCUUAAGGCUUAUGUGAGCACUUUAAAAGGUUUAUGGGAUCUUUUUUGUUUUACUUUGUAAUUAUUUUUAAAGCUUAUGUGAUCACUUUUAAAGCAUAUUUGAUUUCUUUUAAUAUGAUCACUUUUAAAGCUUAUGGAGUGUGGUGGUGGUGGACUUGAAAAUUAAAAAUGAUCGCAUAUGCCUUAAAAGUGAUCACAUAGGCCUUUAAAGUAAUGUAAGACGCUAUCAUAUGCGAACAAAUUUAAAUUAUGUUUUACCCUAUAACAACUUGUUAAAAAUAGUAAGUGGCAAAUAGGGGUUGUUCCUACUGAGAUUAUGAUUAUUAGUUUUAAAGAUACUUUUAAAUUACCUUUUUUAUAGAAAAUAUGUAAAGUAAAAAGAUUAGGGGAAAUGAGUUAUUAGGGAUGGUCAUGGGUCCAGGACCCUGUAGGACCCGCCCCGGACCCGCCCCUUUUAUAAGGGUUUGGGUCUUAAUUUUUGAGACCCGUCGGAUCCGGGUCCGGGUCUGGAUUCAAAAACUUUUUUACGGGUCCGGGUCCGGGUCCUAAGGUGAAGACCCGGACCCUAAACUUUUAAAUUUUAAAUUUUAUAUUUUUGAAUUAUGAUAUUAAUAUAUUAUGAAUGGAUGGCGUGGGGCGUGGGCCAUUCUCAAU